AUGAUGAUGAUGAUGAUGAUGGUGCGGAAGAACGAGAUGCGAAGAUUCUGAGAGAUGGCGGAGAUGUGAAAUGGACGGUGGUGAUUAAGGGAGCACCUACUAGUGGUGUCCACGCGAAGCACCGAAUCAUUUUUCUUUCCUUUUUAUUUUAUAAGGAAAGUAUAAAAAUGAAGGUACACAUAUUCUAGCUUUUGAGAGGUCAGAACUCAGAAGUGGAUGGAAUUUGAUUUGGAUUGGGUUGGGAUUACGAUAGUUGCUGCCAAAACCUUUCUAGUGGAAACAAGAAUAAGCUACAUAUUGUAUUCCCUUAUCAAACUUUAGUUUUGUGAAUAAAGUGUUACGAAAGUGUAAUAAGAUAGAUGAAAAAAACAAAAGAGGAAAAAGUAGGAGAUAAAACAUGAUAGAAUAAAUUCUUGAUCAAACCCCUUUACCUAGGGCUAUAUAUGUACACAUUUAAUAGCUUUUCUCUGUCAAGUUGAAUGUACUGAUCAAGAUAACAAAUUUAUCAAAAAUAAAUACAUCAUACUGGUUUAUGAGCAAGAAACAUUGCUCAGAAUUAUUACCAAAUAAGAUGUUUAGAAACCAAGACUCGAAAUACUUGAUCCCGGUGCAGAAAGAAGCGCCACCGGUGACAACUUUACCGAUGAAAGCUUCAACGGUGAAAUCUCCACACAACUGUGAGGCCAUUCUCAGAGACGCAGAUCCUCCGAUCUCUCUCUCCUCUGUUAAUCUCUCUGAACAGCUACGGUCUGGUGUUUUCUUGAAACCCAAGAAACAGAUCAAAUAUUGGGUGGACGAGAGAAACAGCAACUGCUUCAUGCUCUUUGCAAAGAACCUCUCUAUAACUUGGUCUGAUGACGUCAACUAUUGGACUUGGUUUACCGAAAAAGAGUCACCAAACGAGAAUGUGGAAGCUGUGGGAUUGAAAAACGUUUGUUGGCUCGACAUCACGGGAAAAUUCGACACGAGGAACCUCACUCCGGGGAUUGUUUACGAGGUAGUCUUUAAGGUGAAGCUAGAGGAUCCGGCCUAUGGAUGGGACACGCCGGUGAACCUAAAGCUAGUCUUGCCUAACGGUAAGGAGAAACCACAAGAGAAAAAGGUGAGUUUGAGGGAACUUCCAAGGUAUAAAUGGGUCGAUGUCAGAGUUGGCGAGUUCGUACCUGAGAAAUCCGCUGCCGGAGAGAUCACUUUCUCAAUGUAUGAGCAUGCGGCUGGUGUUUGGAAGAAAGGGCUCUCCCUCAAAGGUGUUGCAAUUCGUCCCAAACAGUAAUAAUUGUUAUGGCAUAGAAAAACAUAAAUCUCCAUAUGCACCAAUGGACCUUCUCAACAUAUAUUUCACAUCAUGUCAUGUGUGUAUAAUAAGGUUGUUCUAUCGUAUUUUUAGUUUUAAUAAUAACUUUAAUGUUGGUGUUGAAUAAACUCAAAACGAGUGUUUUGAAGGUUGUUAUAUUCGAAUCAAUUCAUUUACAAUGUUCUAACUUUUAACGAGCUGACAUGAAUUUAUUUUUGGU